AUGGGGUACAACGCGAAGAUCGCUUCUAAUCCGUAUGUGGUGGGCUCGUUUGCAUGUAUCGGGGGAGGCCUUUUCGGUCUCGACAUUUCAUCAAUGUCGGGCGUGCUCAACAAUGAGGCAUACCUGAAGCAGUUCCAUUUCCCGGGUCCCUCUGCGCAGGGCGCUAUUGUCGCGGCGAUGCCUGCAGGUUCUUUUUUGGGUGCGCUCGCUGUCACUCAACUCGCAGAUAGAAUCGGCCGUAAAAAGACCAUAAUUCUCGCUGGUAUAGUUUGGGUCAUGGGCUCCAUUUUGCAAUGUGCUUCGGUGAACCGGGGAAUGCUCGUAGUUGGCCGGAUUAUUUCUGGUAUCUCCGUUGGUCUUGCUAGCGCCGUCGUUCCCAUCUACCAAUCGGAAAUUACGGCUCCUGCUAUCCGAGGUAGAAUGGUCUCGUUGCAGCAAUGGUCGAUCACAUGGGGCAUUCUCAUUCAAUAUUUUGUCCAAUUCGGAUGUUCGUACAUCGAUGGUGUAGCCUCCUUCCGCAUACCGUGGGGCUUGCAGAUGAUUCCUGCUAUAAUCCUAAGUUUGGGAAUGCUCUUCUUUCCUGAGAGCCCUCGUUUCCUUCUUGACACAGGCAGAGAUGAAAAGGCUCUUCAAGUACUUGCGGACCUUCACGGCGGAGGAGACAAGACUAACGAGCUCGUGGUUCUAGAAUAUGAGGAAAUCAAACAACAGGUGCUCUACGAGCGCACACAAGGUGCCAAGUCAUAUCUCGACCUUCUGAAGCCCGGUAACCCCCGGCGUGUCAUGCUCGGCAUGUCUAUUCAGAUGUGGUCUCAGCUGAGUGGAAUGAACGUCAUGAUGUAUUAUAUAGUUUACGUGUUCCAAGGUGCCGGCCUUACAGGUCGUCGCAGCAACCUCAUUGCCGACUCUGUUCAAUAUAUCCUCAAUGUUGCCCUCACCGUUCCCGCUAUCAUAUACAUCGACAAGUGGGGCCGAAGGCCCAUGCUUCUCACUGGUACUCUUCUCAUGGGCUUUUGGCUGUUCCUUGUUGGCGGGCUUCAAGCGCGAUUUGGCCACUGGGGCGAACUCAAUGGAAAUAGGGUCUGGGCUAUAACCGACAAUUCUGCCGCAACAAGAGCUGUCAUUGUUUGUUCAUACCUCUUCGUGUGCAGUUUUGCUAUAACGAUGGGACCGGUAUCGUGGACUUACCCAGCUGAACUCUAUUCUCUCAAAGUUCGAGGUAAAGCUGUGUCACUCGCAACCGCUAGUAACUGGGCGUUUAACACGGCGCUCGCCUUUGUGGUUCCACCCGGUCUAAAUACCAUAGCGUGGAAGACCUAUUUCAUUUUUGGAACAUUCAACUUUGCGGCGUUCAUUCACAUUUUAUUCAUGUACCCGGAGACCGUGGGUAGGUCCCUGGAAGAAGUUGAAGAGAUUUUCAAGCAGGGACACACAUUCGCGGCGUGGAAGAUUGGAAAGGAUGUCGGGAAGAAAACACUCGAGGAUGUUUUACCUAAGACAAAGCAAUCACCAGGGGGCGAAGACUCAAUUGACAAGAAGUCGGAGAGCGCAUGA